GCUAACAAGUCGGCAGGUGGUUCCAUUUAUCUGCCAAUUGCCCAUGAAGUUUACGGUCAGAAUAUUUUCUCUUCUCGAUUCGCUCGCCAGUCUUUCCUUUUUUCUCUGAGUGUGGUGAAAAGCUCUUUUUCUCUCGCUUUCUCUGUAGAAAAUGUUAUUUUUUUGCCUUGUUUCGGGUUCUUAAUUAUUGUGACAAAAGUUUUGGCAAAGUUUCGAUAAAGUUUUUUUGUAUUUUUUGGCACAAAGAUUAAUGCGUUAAGAAUACGUUUUUCUAUUUCUAUAGUAGAGGAAAUAUCUUCAAUAGCGACAAGAAAAUAAACAUUUAUUUGACUGGACUUUGCCUUAAAAGUAUGCUAUUUAGAAAACAAAAUCACAUGUGAUUUGUAGUCCAGUCUUAGUAGUAUAAUAAAAAACAAAAUCAAACAAAACAAAUGCAGCAGUGAAAUGGAAAAUUCUUAACUCAAAACAACAAUAACUGUGGGCUGGUUAUAAAACAUACUUUAAAAUAAUGAUAGACUUUCAAAGUAAUCAUAUCAUUAAAAAUAACAGAUAUGCGAAAGCAACAGAAAUGCAUAUAAUUUUGGAGAACCUACAAACAUUAAUCAAUUAAAUAGGUAAUAGCUAAUAUAUGUUGAAAGUACUACAUAAAGCAAAUGCACCUAUAAACCUUUAACUAAAAAUAAUAAAUACUGACAUUUAACAAAUAGCUGAAACAAUAGCAGGCAUUUUCAAUGCCAAAGUAAAUUCGAUUAGAAGUCCAAAAACGACAAAAACAAUAAAGAAACACAUAAAAACCUUGCAACUAUUUUAAUGGGAAUCAAAUGCCUAAAUAAAUAACAGAAUCAAUUUCAAUGAACACGCAGUAGCUAAAUAAAUAUGAAGCAUGUGCAACCGUAAAACAAACAAUGGCGUCCAAUAGUGCUUAAAAAAUAUAAAUAAAUAGUAAACGUAAGAAGCAAAAUACAACACAAGUGAAAGUAAACACUGAGAAAUAUUCAAAUUCGAUUUAAUCAUAACAAAGGCGGUGAAACUAUUAGCACAAUGUCCAUGGCAUUAUGCAAUUUAAAUGGUGACGGCAGUGCGGCGCAGUCAACAUCGCAGUCGCAGUCGCAGUCGCCGGCCACCGGCGCCGCAGCAGCGCCGCUGCUGUCCCACUCGCACUCGCACACGCACACGCUGCAGCAGGAGAGUACGCCGCUGCUCCUGGGACACGAGCAGAGCGGCAGCGCUGCGGCAGAGGGCAGCGGCGGCGGUGACGUCACUGACGGAGCGGCAACUUCCAUUGAAAUGCCCACUGUUGCUGCCAACGAUGCCGUUGUACCGCCGCUGCCGUUGCCGCUGCCUCUGCCACUGGCGCAGUCGACGCAGCAGCCGCAGCCGCAGUCGCAGCCGCUGCUUAUGGCACUGCCAGCCAAUCUGAACUUCGUAACGGGACCCACGACGCAGCAACUGAUGAUCGGUAAUGGCGCCAUGGGCGUAAUGCCCUCGACCAAUGAUAGCAACAAUAACAAUAAUAACAACAACAAUGUGGACAAUACUAGCGACGAAUCGAACCCGGUCACCAUUUACAGGUGCCGGGCUCCCAUUGCGUCACUCGACUGUAUGGAGGAGUUCAGUGGUACGGGCGGUCAUCUUGAUUUCGGUCGUUCGAUCAGCUUGGGCUCCAAUCCGGCGCUACCACUGCGCCAUGGAUCCACACCGACGCCGGGGCUGCGGUACAAGAAUCUGGGCAAGAGCGGACUGCGCAUCUCGAACGUUGGCCUGGGCACCUGGCCGGUCUUCUCGCCGGGCGUGAGCGAUGACCAGGCGGAGGCCAUCCUGAAGCUGGCCAUCGAGAGCGGCAUCAAUCUGUUCGACAUCUCGGAGGCGCACUCGGAGACGGAGAUCGGCAAGAUACUGCAGCGGGCGGGCUGGAAGAGGACCGCCUAUGUCAUCACCACGAAGGUCUACUGGAGCACCAAGUCGGAGGAACGCGGUCUUUCCCGGAAACACAUCAUCGAAUGUGUUCGAGCCAGCUUGCAGCGCUUGCAGCUGCAGUACAUCGAUAUCGUCAUCAUCCACAAGGCAGAUCCCAUGUGUCCCAUGGAGGAAGUGGUGCGCGCCAUGAGCUACGUGAUACAGCAGGGCUGGGCAAUGUACUGGGGCACCGCUCGGUGGAGCCAGGUGGAGAUCAUGGAGGCCUACACCAACUGCCGCCAGUUCAACUGCAUCACGCCCAUUGUGGAGCAGUCCGAGUACCACAUGUUCUGUCGCGAAAAGUGCGAGCUCUACCUGCCGGAGAUGUACAACAAGAUCGGAGUGGGCCUCAUGGCCUGGGGUCCACUCUCGAUGGCCCUCAGCGACACCCAGAAUGGAGACAAGCUCUUCCUGCCCAAGGGCUCCUUCAAGACGAAGAGCUUCUCCUGGACCGAGGACGAGAUCAAUCGCAAUGCCGCUCUGUCGCCGCAGGGCAGUUGGGGUAAGGACCGGAUCGACGAGGGGCGCCGCCACUGCGACCGCCUCCGUGACCUUGCCGCCCUCGCCGAGAAGCUGGGCUGCAGCCCCACCCAACUGUCCAUCGCCUGGUCGCUGAAGCAUGAGCCAGUGCAAUGCUUGUUGCUGGGCGCCACAUCGGCGGAGCAGCUGCACCAGAGUCUGCAGUCCCUGCAGCUGCUGCCACGACUCUCGUCGAGCGUUAUGCUGGAGCUGGAAAGGAUUUUGGAGAACAAGCCGGUGCGGCCGCCGAUGAUCUCCACCUUGGCGCUCCGGUGA